UGUGUGUGUGUGUGUGUGUGUGUGUGUGUGUGUGUGUCUGUGUGUGUGUGACAGGAGCCCCUUUGUCAUCUCCCAAGGAGAAGUUCUUGUUGCCCACGAGUUAACUCCAUGGAGGCUUCCCGUACCUGACACACCUUCAGGUCAGCGUCCAACAUAAGGGGAAGGGAACUACUUUGCCGGGCCCGGCAGUCCUGGGGGGAGCUUAUUUAUCAACUAUAUUUUCGGUACUUCUAAGUACUCUUGCAAAAAAAAGUAAAAUUAUUGAAUUUUACAUGUCCUUAUAUCUGAUUUAAGCCUGUAUAUACUAUGAAAUUGUGUCGGGCGGGGGAAGAAGUGAUUGUGAUGGGGCCCGGGCUUUACACAAGCACCGGAGACCGAAAGGCCCUGGCGAGAAUCCAGGAGUCACAUGGAAUGGCUCCGGAUACCCCGACUCGCCCUUCCUGGGGAAAGAGUGCAAGCAUGGAGUGGACGGUGCCUGGGCAGCCUCUUCCUUCCAUGUAAUUUGGAACUACUGUUAGCUUCUGGUGUCGUUACUUUUUCAAAUACUAUUUUCUGAACACUGUUACAUUCACUACUGUUCAUUGUUUACUCUAUUUAUAGAUAUAGGUUACAUGACGCCACUGGGUAGUUGUUCCCGCUCUUGCCAUUUCCCGUAAAAGGAUGUCACUGACACACGAGAGACUGUUAGGUUCAGCAUGUUCGGGAGAGGUCCAGACAUGAUAUAUUGCUGAUCAGGCAACGAGAACGUAGGAUGAAGCAUACGCAGAUACACUAUGCAUUGCAUUGUUAAUGCCUUUGUGUGCAAAUGGUAUGACACCCAAUUUGAUGUUUAGGUCAAGGAUGCUGUAAAGACGAAAUUAUCUACAUUCUGAAUCGUUAGCUUGUCGGAGAAUGUCUUUAGAAGAGUUAGGGAGGUGGGGGGGGGGGGUUAGGCACCAUGCUGUGUCCUUGGUUGAACCGCAGAGUUGCGGUGAUGUGAUGCCUUUGUGAGGAAAUAAAUUUGCGCACUGUCAUACCAACGUAUGGAGGAAAUGAUGCUAAGGAGGAAUGAUACUGACACUUAUUGUUAUCAUCGCCAUUAACACCCAUUUUUCUUCGACGCGAAUUCUCUCAUUUCUUGCAGAAGAGGUCAUAGUACCGGCUACUGUGUAGCAUGUGAUCUGAGCGACAUUUCGACGGAAGGCAUAUGAUGUCACUAUGAGCUCUUGGCAUUUAUGAUGGACUGAAAACAGUGAUUAGUUGUUUGUCCGGAUUUAUGUUGAUCACCUUGCAUGUUCAAUGAUGCAAAGUGCAAUAAUCUUCAGAAUGCCAACAGUAUACAGAUCAUAUGAUUGCAGUCAAAUAAAUGAUUCAAAACAAAAAACCUUCAUAACAAGCAUAAAGCCGCGAUUACCAUAUUCAUGUAUAGUUUAUUACGCUAACGCAAGUUAAAAAAUGUAUAUAAAUAGGAGCCUCAGCGCGGAAGGGUUGGCAGCCUGCUCCCAUAAUUUCGUCUGCUGCUCCUUGUAAACACGGGUCAGUCUGGCCAGAGCCGCUGCGCAGGGAUACUUCUCUUCUCUCACUCUCCCUUUCAUUCAUCCCUCGUCUUGAAAGAAAUAUCGGCUAUUAAAGCUACGGCGGCUGCGUUAUGGCAAAAGCGUUCACAUCUUUUUCCCAGAAUGUGAGAUAUUUGACUCGUUCGUUGGAGCCAAGGCUGUUGGCGGCUGAUCUUGGGGGUCAACCCAGGUCGAAGGUCACGACCUGCCUCUUCAGCACAGGUCGUGUUGAUAGGACGAACACAGGCUAUCCACGACCAAGGUUGUCGCCGCAGGAGGUAUCUGCAAUUUUACGUCAAAAUGAAGGCAUGGUACAGCUGAACAGUGGAGGGACAGGAUGGACAGAACAGGGCUACACAUCAUCAGGCUCUUAUUCCAUAGAUUCUGUUGAUUCCAAUCAACUGGCAUCCAACUCUCCCAUAGAAGAUAAACUGGCAUCAGCAAAAUGCCUGCACACUACAGGAUAUCUCUUUGGUGUGUUUGAUGGUCAUGGAGGGCCAGAGUGCAGUCAGGUUGUGGCUAAAAGACUCUUUGACUAUGUGGCUGCUGCACUGCUCCCACGCAAGGAGUUACGGCGAGUGGUGUCUGAGUGGGAAGCGGGUAAUCGCAUACCUGUCAUCCAGGUCUAUAAUGAUCCUUCUCAAUUUGUCACUGAACUGCAGGAAAUUUACCAAGAUUCAUUUUUGAGAUAUUGCAUUUCCCUGCUCAGUGCAUUUGAUGAAGAUUUCAGUAUGGAGGAAGUAUUGAUUCAAGCAUUUGUUCAGCUUGAUAAUGACAUGGGGCGGGAGGUAGUAGAGAAUCAGCAAUCUGCAGUGUUGGAACCAUUAUUACGUGUUGCUCUUUCUGGCUCUGUUGCGUGUGUGGCUCACAUUGAUGGUCCUCAUCUCCAUAUUGCUAAUACUGGAGACUGUGGAGCUGUUUUAGGGAUGCAGUCUCAAACCGCAGGUAGUGGCUGGCGAGCACUUCGUCUAACAAGAGAUCACAACUGGGAAAAUCCAGAUGAAAUUGAACGUGUGCUAUCUGAGCAUCCAGACUCAGAGUCUGAACAUGUAAUAGCAGAUCAACGACUCUUGGGUGUACUAAUGCCCUUCCGAGCAUUUGGUGAUUUCCGCUUUAAGUGGGACCUAGUAACACAAGCUGAAAUAAUUCAACGUUACUUAGGGCCUGAGCACUUGAUUCGUCACUGCAUAACUCCACCAUACCUGACAGUUACACCAGAAGUUACAUACCAUCGCCUUCGACCUCGUGAUAGAUUCCUUUUGAUGGGAUCUGAUGGAUUGUGGGAAUGCAUGAGUCCAUUAGACACUGUCACACUGGUGGGAGAGUACAUGUCGGGUCGGCAGACCUUGCAACCUGUACGUUUCCCAAGACAGGCAAUAACACUUAGGGAAGUUGCUAGUAUAUUGGAACAGAGACAGAAAGGCCUGAACCUGAAGCCUGUGGAUACUAAUGCUUCCACCCACUUAAUACGUCAUGCAUUGGGAGGCUCUGAUGCAGGCCUUGAUCAUGCACGACUCUCUCAUUCACUCACACUUCCACCGGAAGUGCGGCGUUUUUUCAGAGAUGAUAUAUCUAUUCAUGUAAUCUUCUUUGAUCCCAAUUUCUUAAGAGUUUGCCCAGUGGAAAUCUAGGAUGUAUGUAUGAUUUGUUAAGUAUUUUCAGAGAAGAAAUCCCAUUUAUACUUGAUGAAAUAUUAACUAACACCAUGCUAAUUUUUCAAGGGCAUAGUAUAUAGAAAAAUAUUUUGUCAAUGAGUAUGAAUGUUUAGAUAAACCAGAAUUUUUUUUUUUUUUUGAAAUAUUUGAGAAAAAUAUGUACAUAUUAGAUAAAAUAGAAGAUACAGUAAAUAUUAUGUUAAAUUUUUUUUUUAUUGAUAAUCAUUCUUGUUAACUUCUUUUCUGGAGUAUAUUAUAGAGACACUGAUAAAAUUAUUUGAAGUAAGGAAAGAAAUGAAUAUAAGAAACAAAAACUUCUUAUGCACGAGAGAUGUAAUUGUCUGUGAUAUAUAUAUAUGUACAUAGCAGUUGUGGCUUGCUCUAUGGCAUGAAGUUAAAUAUUUUUUUGGUUUCUUGGUGCUCUUACUACUCAGUAGUUGAGGAAGAUAUGAGAUAUCCCUAUCUUUGGUAUACCAAAAUAAAAUAUUAACAGACCAUGUAAUUCUGACACAAGAGAUUACUCAAGUUCCCUUACUUGUUUCAGUGUUAUUAUAUCCUGUAACAGUGACUACUAAUCCAUUGUUAUACAUGGAUAUAAGCUAUUAUCUUUUUGCUUCUUUUUCUCUUCAUAAAUUGCAUAAAGGCUUAGAGAAAUUUAAAUAUUAUUAUUUUUGUUAGGGAAAUUAUUUGUAGUCAUUCUGAACCAAGGUAGAAAACAGAAGCACAAUUUAAGAACAGAAAUAGGGGAUUUUUACUUCUGGUUUGAAAAUUGAGGUCAUAUUUAAUUAAUAAGCAUAAGCAUCCAGUAUGCUAAUGACAUUUGUAUUAUAAAUAUAAGUCACUCUUGGUGGAAUUUAAUAUUUCUUAAUUCUAGUCUACAAGGCAAGCAUUCUUUACCCUGAAUAGAAGUAAAACUGAUUGAGAACUGAAGCCAGAACAAGAUCUGAGCCCUUAUCCAGGGAAUUUUCAAUUUAGCUAUAACUUUUGUUUUUAUUGAUUAGUACUAUGGGAUAUUGAUAUUUGAUGAGAACAUUCUUAUUAUUUAGUUUUUUAAUUAUCUUGUAAGAAUCAUAAAAAAAACAAAAAGCACUAGAUUGCAUUUUUUUUGUUAAUGGCUACAAAUACUCUUUAGAAGUUUAAGCCAAUUUGGGGUUGUACACAAAUUUAAGGGCAUUUUUUUUUUUUUUUAGAGUAGGGUUAUUUUUCCUUCAAAUAUUCAUUUUCAGUUGCAAUGAAUAAAAAAUUAUGUGAAUGUUCUAAAACCAUAAUUUGGAUGUAAUUAUAUUGCUACUUAAAAGUAUCAAUUUUAACAAAUUGAUGUAAGAGAUAUCUAUAGUAAAGCUGGAAAUAUUCUUUAUAGUUAAGAUAUGAGUACUGCGAAUAACACACACAAUUUUAUAUUGCAUGCCUACUCUUAACCCUUAUUCAGGUGUAUUGAAAAGUUUUGCAGUCUGCAAUGGCCACACAUAAACACAUAAAUACAUUAAGCACAUGCAUUUGUAUGUGUGAAUAUCUGUGUAUUUGUACACACACACACACACACACUCACACUCACACUCACACACACUCACACACACUCACACU